CUGCCAUUUGUUCCUUUUUUCACUUUCCUGUCACUUCUCUCUCUUUCAUUGUCUGGUUCUCGGUUCGCGCCUCGCGCGCCCUAUUCAACAUGGACGAAGACUACUCUGCUGGCUCCGUGGAUGCCGACCGCGAGAUGACCCGACUGUGGCGCACAUGGAGGACGGUAUUCGAACUGCUGAUGGACCGGGGCUACGAAGUCACCGAAGAAGAAGUCCAACUGUCUCUGGACGACUUCAAACAGAAAUAUGCCGACCCUCUUGGAUACCCCGACCGCAAUAAAAUGAAAGUCAGCGCGCGCCCCUCCGAAGCCAUGCAAGCCAAAUACACGCCCCUGCCCAGCAAAUCCAACCCCGACCCGCAACCCGACUGCGGCACCAUCUACGUCGAAUUCUGCGCGGACUCGUCCGGCGUCGGCACCAAGCAGGUGCGCGCCUUCAACCACUUCAUCGACGAGAACAACUUCCACACCGGCGUCUUCAUCACCCAGACCCCCAUCUCGCCGUCCGCCGUGCGCCUCCUCAGCGGCGUCCCCGGCCGCAUCUGCGAGCACUUCCAGGAGCAGGAUCUGCUGGUCAACAUCACCCGCCACGAGCUGGUGCCGAAGCACGUGCUGCUGAGUCCCCAGGAGAAGGCGCGCCUGCUGGAACGUUACCGUCUGAAGGAGUCGCAGCUGCCGCGCAUCCAGGUCUCCGACCCCGUGGCGAGAUACCUGGGUCUGCGGAGGGGUCAGGUCGUCAAGAUCAUCCGGAAGAGUGAGACGGCGGGUCGGUAUGCCAGUUAUCGCUGGGUUAUUUAAUGGGUGGGGAUAUAUCAAUGGGCAGACUUUUAUCUUUUUUUCUCUCAGAAGAAAGAGACGGGAAAGUCCUGCACCCGCGACCUCCCACUCGCGAUAACAUCCGAGAACAAAGACAAAGCGAACCACAACCGAAGCUAGAAAGCAAACCAAAAAUCUGGAAAACUGACCCCUCGACGAGGAUCGGAUCGUGUCCAUAUUCCAGGCAUAGGGGGCACAGCAAGGCGUAACGGCGAAGAGAAAAGACCUUUACUUCAUUUAUGAAUUUUUAUUUGGCUGAUUGAUGUAUUACCAAGAAGUUAUCAAGUUAUCUUUGUGAGAGUUAACGACUACUACUACCUAGCUAGCUAGGUAUAUAAAUUUGUAUUAUUC